GAAGGGCUGGAGUGGGAGCCGUGCAAGGGAGGCCAGCCCGUCCGCGACAAGCUGGCUGCUGUUCUGUGGCCAUGGCUGUAAAAGACCCCACAGCUGUAGAAAGAGCAAAUUUGCUGAACAUGGCUAAAUUGAGUAUCAAAGGACUGAUUGAAUCAGCUUUGAGCUUUGGCCGUACUCUGGAUUCUGACUAUCCACCUUUGCAACAGUUCUUUGUCGUUAUGGAGCACUGCCUUAAACAUGGUCUUAAAGUAAGAAAAUCUUUUCUAAGUUACAAUAAAACAAUCUGGGGCCCACUGGAACUUGUGGAGAAGUUGUACCCAGAAGCUGAGGAGAUAGCAGCUAGUGUCAGAGAUUUACCUGGCCUCAAAACACCAUUGGGCCGUGCCCGGGCGUGGUUACGAUUGGCAUUAAUGCAAAAAAAAAUGGCUGAUUAUCUACGCUGUUUAAUCAUUCAAAGAGAUCUCCUCAGUGAAUUUUAUGAAUAUCAUGCACUGAUGAUGGAAGAAGAAGGAGCAGUUAUUGUUGGGCUCUUGGUUGGGUUAAAUGUGAUAGAUGCUAACCUGUGUGUAAAGGGAGAAGACUUAGAUUCACAAGUUGGUGUGAUUGAUUUCUCUAUGUAUUUAAAGAAUGAAGAUGAUAUUGGGAGUAAAGAAAGAAAUGUCCAGAUUGCUGCAAUUUUGGACCAAAAGAAUUAUGUAGAGGAACUGAACAGACAACUAAAUAGCACAGUCAGCAGCCUUCAUACAAGAGUUGAUUCAUUAGAGAAGUCAAACACUAAACUAAUUGAAGAGUUAGCAAUAGCAAAAAACAAUAUAAUUAAACUUCAGGAAGAAAAUCAUCAGUUAAGAAGUGAAAACACAAUUAUUUUAAUGAAAACACAGCAUCACCUAGAGGUAACCAAAGUGGAUGUUGAGGCAGAGCUUCAAACAUACAGACACUCGAGACAGGGUCUGGAUGAAAUGUACAAUGAAGCACGCAGACAACUUCGAGAAGAAUCACAGUUACGACAAGAUAUAGAGAAUGAGCUAAUGGUCCAAGUUAGUAUGAAACAUGAGAUAGAACUUGCAAUGAAGUUGUUGGAGAAAGACAUUCAUGAGAAACAAGACACCCUCAUAGGCCUUCGACAACAGCUAGAUGAAGUUAAAGCAAUUAACAUAGAAAUGUACCAAAAGCUGCAGGUUUCUGAAGAUGCCAUGAAAGAAAAGAAUGAAAUAAUUGGUCGACUAGAGGAUAAGACCAAUCAAAUUACUGCAACUAUGAAACAAUUGGAACAAAGAUUGCAGCAAGCAGAGAAGUCUCAAGUGGAAGCUGAGAAUGAGGACAAGAAAUUCAAACAAGACUGUAUGAGUAAAUCUGAAAACCUGCAGAAAGAAAUCUCCCGAAAAGAGAAGCAGCUUGUUCAACUGGAAACAGAUUUGAAGAUAGAAAAGGAAUGGAGACAAACCCUGGAAGAUGAUCUGCAAAAGGAAAAAGAAACUUUAUCUCAUCUGAGAGUAGAGACCCAACAAAUAAUUUGUCUUAAAAAAGAAUUCCUUAAACUACAGGACAAAAAUAGGCAGUUGAAAAAGAUAUGUCAUGACCAAGAAGAAGCUCUCCAAGAACUGGCCUGCAAGCUUAGCGAAUCAAAGCUUAAAAUAGAAGAUAUAAAAGAAGCAAACAAAGCAUUACAGGGACAGGUUUGGCUGAAAGACAAAGAAGCUACACACUGCAAGUUAUGUGAAAAGGAAUUUUCUCUUUCCAAAAGGAAGCAUCAUUGUAGAAACUGUGGUGAAAUUUUCUGUAAUGCCUGUUCUGACAACGAACUGCCUCUACCAUCCUCGCCAAAGCCUGUACGAGUCUGUGAUUCCUGCCAUGCGUUUCUUAUACAGAGAUGCUCUUCUAACAUGCCAUAAAAUUCCUCUACAAAAUAUUUAUGAACUAUUGCUAUUUAACAUAUUAUAUAAAAAGAUAUAAUGUAAAGUAUUAACAUGUAUAUUCCUGGAAUACAGGUAUGUGGUUUAGUUUUGGAUUUUCAAAACAUACUAAGGCCUGAUCUACACUACAAAGUUAGGUUGAUGUAAGCCACCUUGUGUUUACCUAGUUGUGCAUGUGUCUACACUUAGGGCAGGUCUUCACUAUGGGGGGGGGGUCGAUUUAAGAUACGCAAAUUCAGCUACGUGAAUAGCGUAGCUGAAUUUGACGUAUCGCAGCCGACUUACCCCGCUGUAGGGACGGCGGCAAAAUCAACCUCUGCGGCUUCCCGUCGACGGCGCUUACUCCCACCUCCGCUGGUGGAGUAAGAGCGUCGAUUCGGAGAUCGAUUGUCGCGUCCCAUAAAUCGAUCCCCGAGAGGUCGAUUUCUACCCGCCGAUUCAGGCAGGUAGUGUAGACCUAGCCUUAGUCUCCUACUGAUGUAAGCGGCCUGUUAUGCUGACGUAGUAACACCACCUUCCCAAGUAGCGUUGAGCCAUGGUCAAUGCAUCAUGAGUGUAGAUGCUGCGUUGCCCAUGUUGACUCUAACAGUCCUCCUGCAGCUGUCCCAUAAUGCCCAACACUGACCGCUCUGGUUUGUUGUGUAGACGUGGCCUAAGGGAGUUAGAUAUCCAGCUCCUAUUGAAACUUAAUGAGAAACGGGUGUCUAGCAUCGUUGCGGUCCUUUACAGAUCCUAGCCUUUAAUAUUUGAUUCUGUUUGUUGCACUCAACAGGCAGCAAAGGAAUAAAAGGUUUUAUAUAGUUUUAAUGGAGAGAGUAUUUCAUAUUGAAGUUUUUCUUCAACAGAGUUCAUGUAAUAGUAUUUAAAAGACAUUGAACAAAAGUUUGACAGGAACCUAUUACCUUUUCUACCCAAACACAGACAGUGGGAAUUUGAAUAAACGUGCAGGCUAAUUAAACAAUUUUGUAAAAUAUAUUAAAUCAAUCUUGUUUAAUUAAGCAUAAGUAUUUACAUAGUUAACAUUUCCCUUAUUUUUAGUUAUCUACUUAUUUAAAAAAAACUGGGCUACUAUUUUAGGAGAAAAUAUACCCUUAUAAUGGCCAAAAUUACUCUCAGGCCUGGUCCACACUAACCCCCCACUUCGGACUAAGGUACGCAAAUUCAGCUAUGUUAAUAACAUAGCUGAAUUUGAAGUACCUUAGUCCGAACUUACCACGGGUCCAGACGCGGCAGGGAGGCUCCCCCGUCGAUGCCACGUACUCCUCUUGCCGAGCUGGAGUACUGACGUCGACGGCGAGCACUUCCGGGAUCGAUCCCAGAACAUCGAUUGCCUGCCACCGGACCCGGAGGUAAGUGUAGACGUACCCUCAGAUAUAUGCAAACAACUUCCAUUGAUGUCAACGGAAGUUCCAUAUGCAUAUCUGAGGACAGAAUUUUAAAUUUAGAUUAGUCAUAAGUGUACAUUAUGUAUUUGCCAUAUUACAUUAGAAAAAAAUCACUGCUUCACACUCAAAACACUGUUUCAUUAUUGUGCCUGUUUUUUAAUACUUUUGAUCUUCAGAUUUCUGAGAUAAACGGGAAUAUGUUAAUUACAUUGAAAAAUCGUCUUUAGGAGGAAAUGAUUCCAUAAAUGUAAAUUAAAUAUAUUUUGUGCUCUUUUAGGUCAUAUUCCAACUGAGGCACUACAGUAAAGUUUUUCUUUUCAUAAUGUUUACAGGAUACAAAAAUGUUUUAUUUACUUUUAAUUAUUCAGUGGCGAAAAAAGGAAAAAUCCAUAUUUUUUUUUAGCAGUAUUCUAUCUGGUUUUUAACAUUUCAUCCCCUAGUUUACAUUAUAAUACUUUAUUUAGAGGCUUAAUAUUGAGUUAGUGCAUAAACAUCUUUCUGUUCCUGCUACCAACUGCAGAAUAUGUUUACAUCAAGAUAAAAUGCUUUAAAAGCUAAACGUUUCAAUAAAAUAUACACUAAUCGUGGUCUAACUGCAAAUUUCAGUAGUGAGUUAGUAAAAUGUUUUAGUCAAUCAACUUCCAGGAGUGAUUCCAUUUAGUUGAAAAAUAUUAAAUGAAGGAGCAACUGAAUUACGAGGCUAUAACUCUUUAAUAUUAAAGGUUUUAAAGUCCAGUAUUACUACUUGUUUAAAAGAAGCCUAUCUAAAUAAAUGAGAGAGAAUAGAGUUGUAAGGCUAUGUCUACACUACCGUUGGUUUGACAGUGCUGCAGUCGAUGCACCUGGGGAGCGAUUUAGUGCGUCUAGUGAAGACCCGCUAAAUCAACGGCAGAGUGCUCUCUGGUUGACUCUGGUAGUCCACCGGGAACAAGAGGAGUAAGGUAAGUCGACGGGAGACUGUCUCCUGUCGAUGCAAUGCGGUGUAGACACCACAGUAAGUCAACCUACGCUACAUCGACUCUAGCUAUGUUAUUCACACGGCUGGAAUAGCGUAACCUAGGUAACUUACUGCAGUAGUGUAGACAUAGCCCAAUACUAAGCAGGACGUGUCUUGUGUUAAUAGGUUGAUCAUCUGUUUUAGCUGCCACCUGGCAGCAACAACUAUAAUUAGGUUGCAUAAUAUCUUCUGUUCUAACUCCCUGUUUUCACUGUUGUAACUUUUUCAUACUCACCUUUUGAACUAAAAUUUUCCAGACUUGAUAUCUGCUUAAAAUGAAUUUUGUUAUGGAAACUUUUUGAGCAGGAACAGUUUGGCCUGUUUUCACUAUGAGGAUAGUGGAGGUGGGGAAAUACUUUUUCAAUUUAGAAGAAAAAUUGCAAGGUUUUUUCAGGUGAGAAAGGUGAAAUAUGGAAAGGAAAUAGUCAUAAUUGAAGCUGUACACAACAUUGUUCUGGAGCAAAUUGGGUUUGAUUUGACCAAAUGAGUGUUUGAAAAAUCACUAGCCCCUUCCUUUAGACUUAGGCAUUCUCCAUUAGGGGAAGGCUCUGGCUGAUGAGAUGCUGUGCUCCUGAGGAGCUUAAGAACUUCACCAGCCCAGAGCUUUGUGUAGCUGCAGUGUUAAUAGGGUGUAGAGGCGACGGCUCCUCCUGUUCCCUCUGUGGGCUUGACUAGUGUUUUGUAUAGGCAAGCUGACCUGGACUACAUACACAACACUCCUUAGACUGCAUUUCUACUUUGACAAGUAGCUCUGUGACAAUGGUAUGUAAUUAGUCUGUAUCAAUGCAUACAAACAAAGGGGAGAAUUAGGGUUGAAUGUGAACCCUUAAUUUUGUCAUAUCCUGAUAUUUGUUUGAGUGCUUAACCAUGGGACCUUAAUGCUUUUUUGUAUGCUUUGUGUGUGCAGUUCUUAUAGCACUAAGACCCUUUCCUUGAUUUUUCAGAACUUCAAAUUUGAUAAUUAGAAACUUCUUUGAAUCUAAUAGAGAAGUUUCUGUUCUGAUCUUACCUAAGGUAGAGUGGAUAUCUUGAGUUGUGUGAAAACAGAGUCUAUUCUGGGAGCAAUAUAAAGAGGUGAGAUCUGAACUGUCAACAUUUUUAAAUUUACAGUAACCAUUUCUAGACAGAAAAAUGUAGUGCAUUGUCUAGGUUUGGAUUUGUACAUUUGCACUGAUAGUAAAGUAUUUGUACAAUAGAAAUUCUUAGAGGAGUAUUGUUUUGGUAUUAGGAAGAGCAGCACUAAACUGGAUUUAUUGAUAAUCAUCAGAAUAUUUUUUUAAAAAAAUUGGUCUCUUUGUUACAAAGAGUCUUUACAGUCAAUAGGCCAGAUUCUCCAGCAUGUUAUAGCCCUUUCGCAUCAGUCUACCAAUGCCAAGGCUCAAUAAACCAUACGGCCAGUAUAAUGGGCUGUAUGACAGCCCUCAACCUAGGGAGUGUGACCAAAGCACCCUAACUCUGUCAUUCUCUGUCUGAACAGUCCAGGGCUUUGCACUCACUUACACCAAAGUGAAGGGUAUACUACAUCAAAGACAGAUGUAGCACUGGGAUCAGGGAGCUGGUAACAGUUCUUGCUGACACGCCUCCUUAGCUUUGUCGGUCAUCUAUUUGAGAAUCUGUCUCUAGUACAGGGAUGGGCAAACUUUUUGGGCCGAGGGCCACAUCUGGGUGGGGAAAUUGU